ACUUACUGUGCUCUCUCUCACAGUUGAUUCAGUUACUCACCCACUGACGUUGAGCCCGUUCUCAGUGGCAAGACUGACGAGAGAGAGGGGAUGAUAUUUAAAAAACAAGACUCAGAAAAUCAUUAAAGAGGACUUUCUCCGAUCCGUUUCGCCACUCGGUUUAAACCUGGGGCAGCAGAGCUGAGCUACGGAGCCUGCCUGGAGGAUCCCAACCUGACAUGUGACAGGGAGGGGGGGGGUCAGAGGUGGAGGCUGGCAGAUCCAACGAGAACAAACCAGGAUUUACAGUCAACACCAAUGGUUUAAUGGAAGCCAGAUAAAGACCACAGAGGCCCAGUCAACAUGAACUCUAUUCCGUCAAUGGACAGACACAUACAGCAAACCAAUGACCGGCUGUUAUGUAUCAAACAGCACUUACAGAAUCCAACCAAUUUCCAAACGGCCGCCACAGAGCUGCUGGACUGGUGCGGUGACCCCCGGGCCUUUCAACGACCCUUUGAGCAAAGCCUGAUGGGAUGUCUAACGGUGGUGAGUCGAGUGGCAGCGCAACAGGGAUUUGACCUGGACUUGGGCUACAGGGUCCUGGCGGUGUGUGCUGCCAACAGAGACAAGUUCACCCCUAAAUCAGCAGAGACCAACAGCUGCAGAGGAUGUCUAUCAGACUCAGCCCUGCUGUCAUCGUGGUGUGAGGAGCUGGGUCGACUUCUCCUUCUCCGUCACCAGAAGAACCGACAGAACGAGUCUCCACAGGGGAAGGUCCCCAUGCAACCACCCAUCAACUCCAUGAAACCCCCCCUUUCGCAUGGUGAUGGGUCUUUUCCCUACGAUUCGGUACCAUGGCAACAGAACACCAACCAGCCGCCAGGUUCCCUCUCCGUAGUAACCACCGUAUGGGGUGUCACCAACACCUCACAGAGCCAGGUGUUGGGGAACCACAUGGCCAACAGCGGGAACCCAAUGGGUCAGGGUGGCAUGCAUGGAAACAACCCGGGGAUGAACUCCCCCCAGUACCCCGGGCAGCACCAGCAGUUCCCCAACAAGAGCCAACAGAACCAGGCCUACAUGCAGCAGGGGAUGUAUGGCCGGCAGGGCUACCCCGGUGCUGGGGGCUUCACAGCGAGUUACCCAGGAGGUCCCAACUCUGGUCCCGGCGGCAUGGGAAUGCCGCCCCAUUCCCGCCCCCCUGGCGACUUCAGCCAACCCGCCGCCGCUGCUGCCGCUGCUGCUGUCGCCGCCGCCGCCGCCACGGCAACCGCCACUGCCACAGCAACAGUUGCGGCUAUGCAGCAGGACACGCAGAACAAGGACAUGAACCAAUACGGACCGAUGAGUUCGUCGUUUCAGAUGGGGCCCAACCAGGCAUACCAGAGCCAGUUCAUGAACCAGGGGCCAGUCGGCCCCCGAGGCCCUCAACCACUGCCAGGGAACAUGGGCCCUGGCCCGGGAAUGAACCCUUCCCCCAUGGGGAUGAACCAGCCCAGGGCCCAAGGGAUGGGGCCCUUUGGAGGCCACGGGGGCCAAAGGAUACCCCCACAGGGAUACCCCGGAGCCAGGCCUCAGGCCAUGGGCAUGCAGGGUAUGAAGAGACCCUACCCUGGGGAGUCGAACUACGGAGGGCAGCAGUAUGGCCCAGGACCCACCGGUCAGGCCUUCCUCCAGCAGCAGGGCCAGUACCCCAACCACCCCCAAAACCCCUCCAGGCCACUCCCAUCCCCCAACUACCCAGGACAGAGGAUGCCCGGUGGGCAGCAGAUUCAGGGCCAGUACCCCCCUUCUGGAGGUCCCAUGGGACAGUACUACAAGCAGGAGCCUUUCAACGGUCAAGGUAACAACUUCCCUGUGAGUGGAUACCAGUACGGCCAAGUCAAUAUGAAUGGGCCUCCUCGCCAGAUGGGUAACUACCCACAUUCCCCAGUACCCGGGAACCCGACCCCUCCCAUGACCCCCGGAAGUAGCAUUCCUCCCUACCUCUCGCCCAAUCAGGACGUCAAGCCCCCGUUCCCCCCUGACAUGAAACCAAAUAUCACCCCUCUUCCUCCUCCUCCAGCCAAUCCCAAUGAGGAACUCCGCCUGACUUUCCCCGUCCGGGACGGGGUGGUCCUGGAGCCGUUUAGGCUGGAGCACAACCUGGCCGUCAGCAACCACGUCUUCCACCUUCGCCCAUCCGUCCAUCAGACCCUGAUGUGGAGGUCCGAUCUGGAACUGCAGUUCAAGUGCUACCACCACGAGGACCGGCAGAUGAACACCAACUGGCCAGCCUCGGUCCAGGUCAGUGUGAAUGCAACACCUCUCACCAUUGAGCGUGGCGACAACAAAACGUCCCAUAAGCCCCUGCACCUGAAACAUGUCUGCCAACCAGGGAGAAACACUAUCCAGAUUACAGUGACUGCCUGCUGCUGUUCGCACCUGUUUGUCCUGCAGCUGGUCCAUCGACCCUCUGUACGCUCCGUCCUGCAAGGCUUACUGAAGAAGAGGCUACUGCCCGCUGAACACUGUAUCACCAAAGUUAAGAGGAACUUCCACAGCGUAGCAGCAUCCUCUGGUAACGCCCCGCUGAACGGAGAGGACGGCGUGGAGCAGACCGCCAUCAAGGUUUCCCUCAAAUGCCCCAUCACCUUCAGGCGGAUCCAGCUGCCAGCCAGAGGCCACGACUGCAAACAUGUGCAGUGCUUCGACUUGGAGUCGUACCUGCAGCUGAACUGUGAGAGAGGAACAUGGCGAUGUCCAGUAUGCAAUAAAACGGCGUUACUAGAAGGGCUGGAGGUAGACCAGUACAUGUGGGGAAUUCUGAAUGCCAUCCAAAAUUCGGAGUUUGAGGAGGUGACCAUAGACCCGACAUGUAGCUGGAGGCCUGUGGCGAUCAAGUCAGACAUUCACAUCAAGGAGGACCCAGAUGGGCCCAUGGCCAAGAGAUUCAAGACCAUGAGUCCGUCUCAGAUGAUAAUGCCCAACGUGGUGGAUAUGAUUGCCCAGCUGGGCCCGGGGCCCUCACCCUACCCUCCCCAACAGGGGGGUAACCAAGGCGAAUAUGGCAACCAAGGCAACAGUUACCAGAGCCACGGGGGGGGGUUCGACUUCCCCCACGGAAACCCGGGUGGUACGACCAUGAAUGACUUCAUGCAUGGCCCCGCCCUGUCACACCCACCAGACAUGCCCAGCAGCCUGAUGGCUCAGGACAAGCCUCUCUCACACGGCAUGUCCGACUCGUUACCUCAUCCUGCCAGCGCUGACCAGUCACACAGCUCGUUACAGCAGAGGUUGCACGUCCCAUCUCACCCCGGUAGCCAAUCAGGUCAGCAGUUGCAUCACAGUGGGCCUCCUCAGCCCUCACGACAGCAGGCUCCUCCCCCACAGCAACAACAGCCCGGCCCUAACAACCAUCCACAGCACGGAGACCCCUUCAACCCGUCAAACAGCUUAGAAGGUGCCGGAGGUGGGCAGGGACUCUCGGAUAUGCCCGAACCAUCCUUGGAUCUUCUUCCAGAGCUGACAAACCCUGAUGAGCUCUUAUCAUACCUGGACCCCCCUGACCUUCCGAGCAGUGGCAACGACGACCUUCUCUCGCUCUUCGAGAACAACUGACUCUGAUUCUGAUCAGCUCAGAAAGAAAAGACUCUUAUAGGACUGCCUGGAUUUGACCUAUAAACUCUGGCCUAAGACUGAGACCAUGACCUUUCUCGCUCCAGUACUUGACAAACACAAAGAUGCACUCCCCUUCUCCUUUUCCUCUUGUACAGUUUUCAUCCAGCAGACUGACUGACUGAAAGAUGUUUUAAAACUCAGACACGUGAGGUCAUAGCAGCGCCCUCAUGUGGCAUACUGUUGAACUGUAACUGUGCAGCUAUCUAUGUGAUGUUCAGUUUUUUUUUUAUGUCACACGUGUUUUUGUGCACAAUUAGGAAAGUGUCGAUGCAUUUUAUUCUUAUGUUAUUUCCUUUCAAAGUACAAAACUAAUUCAUUUUAUAUACUGUAUAUGUAUAUGUAUGGAGAAAAAAAAGAAUUUAAAAAAAUGUCCCAGCCUACCUGGCCAGCGUGUAAUACCCACAUUGUUAUUUCAGCUAAUGACAGUCCUCCUGGCAUUACAGCUUCUGUUGUCCCUGACAUUGCCAUGGCUACUGUUCCUGCCUAGUUACCAUGUUGCACUACCUGUCUGUCUCCCAGCAGUCGUACAUUAUGUUAAAGCACAAGACAUUAUGGCAACAAAAAAAUCAACAAGGAUGCAUGGAUCUCUAAAGGGAAAAACCAUGGAUGGGUCCAGGUCCUGGCUUCAUUUAAACAAUUGUUUGACUCCCCUUGAGACCUCUAGAGUUAGCCAGAUAAUUAUAAUUUUGGACAAAAAUGGUGCAGCCGGUUUGUUGUAUGCCAAAUUUAACGGAUGGCUAGUCCACCCCUAGCGUCUGGCCACUUUUGAAUUUGGUCAAGCGAGUCUACAACAUGGAUACCUUGAAUUAGGCAUUAGUCAAACACCCAGUUUGAGAAACACAUUAUUAUACGUUGUAGUAACUAUAUCUGGUUUCUAUAUUUCUUGUUGAUUGAUUGAUUUGUCGUUAAUAGUAAAGAAGGUGGACAUGAGGGAAUGAUGAGGGUUAUUAAGGUUGGGGUCAAUUCCAACUAAAGUCAGUCAAAUAAACUACAAUAAGGUUCAGUCAAAAUGACCAUAUAUUUUCAGUUACAUCUCAAUAAGCCGAAAAGAAAGAAAUGUUUUAGACCUCCAGGUGACUACAUUCUUAUCUGGCUUGGUCUGGAUCAAGAUAGCUAAUUCUCCUAUUGACAAUCCUUUCUUACUAUCCAGGUAGGACUCCAUCAAGCUAGGUACUUCUCCCAUCAGUUCUCAUCUCACUAUCAGGACAGGCCUGUAUCAAACCACUUAGUUCUUCCACAAAUGUUCCUCUUUUCUCUGCAAGCACCUUGUGUUCAUUGUCUUCCCAUUGGCUCAGUUGUGUGUCCUGGUUGGAUUCUGUACGGUUUUAGUGUAGAAAGUGCAUUUGUGCCAAGCUAAGGAGAUGUUCUCCAAGUGGUAAAGACCGUGUGGGUCAAGAAAUGGCCGCUCUGCCCAGUCUGAUGUGUUACUGUAAAGGGGACCGGGCUGUUAUAACAGCUUUCUGUUUCAAUUCUAUUUCAUUUCAUUGAAGGGAUUGUGCUGUUAUCGACAAACACUGAGUAUUUGCUGAUGCUUUUUUGGCUGCGACUUGUAACUGUUCAUCAACCAAUGGGAAAAUGCUUAUCAUCACCAAAGUUAGAAGGAUGGAGAUGCAAGAGGUGUGUGUGUGUGUACUUGUGCGCGUACUCUUAAGCUGGGAGGUAAUCAUUAGUUCAAAGAUUUGAAGGAGAACAUGCUUGGAUCCUCCUUCACUGCUGUGUUAUCCAUCUUGUUUUCAACAGAGACAGUAUUGGACUGAAAUAUUAUGCCACAUUUGUUGUCAAGUUCACUUUACGACAAGUGCUGUUGAGUAUGCAAAUGUAUUAUUUUUUAAGAAAGCCCUAUUGUAAAUAUCUUUGUGAAUAUUUUUCUAUCAUCUUUGAUAAUUAUUUGUCAUAGUUUUCUUAGUUGGUUAAAGUCUAACUGACCCACAACGUCUCUGAAACCCAUAACUGACUGAGCUUGCGUCCCAAAUGGCACUCUAUACCAUUUAUAGUGCCCUACCUAGGUGCCCUGGUCAAAACUAGUGCUCUGGAAAUGGAUCAGACUCCUAUUUGGGUUUCAGGUUUUCUCCUCUCACAUUGGGUGAACCUAUCCAGUGUCUUGUUGUAAGCUAUACUGCAGGUCUCUAGUUAGCCAUCAUCCACUUUAAUUAACUUAGUACACAUGGUUAGAAUCAACCACACUCACAAAUAUUGUACUGUAUUCAGUCUUUUUGUCAUAGGAUGUGGUCCAAAUGGCACUCCAUUCCCCUUUAUAGUGCACUACCUUUGACCAGGGUUCCUGGUCAGAAGUGAUCUCUGUAGGGAAUAGACCACCUUCUAGGGUGUACCAUUAGUCCCCCAAGUUUUUCAUCUUUGCCAUCUGUCCAGAUUUUUAAUGGCCAUUUAUAGAUUAAGUUAGAAUCAUGUGUCCAGUCUGAUAAAACAAUAUUCACAGAUAUUUUGUGCUCAAACGUCGUAGAAUAAAAUUCAUAUAGAUGUUGUCUAUUCAAGAAGUAAUAUUCAAAUUUUUAGGUGAGUAAAGACAAAUAUGACUUCAAAAGCUUUCAUAGCGAUCAGCUGUCUUUCGAUGUAAUUAGAGAACUAUGUGAAUAUCAUAAUUGUUGCUAAUUAUUGUCAAUAUACAAGUGGUAUUUUAAAGAUAUAUCACAGCCUUAUGUUAAAGAAAUGUGUAUGAUAGUCUUUUUAUUUUUGUUAUGAAAAAUCUGGCUUUUUUUUAAAGCUUAUGACCAUUUACAUUUUGUAUCUCAUUUUAAAUGUUUUAUUAUUUUUUGGUAAAUUAUUUUGUAUCCAUUUUUCUUUUCUUGUUGUAAAUGUAAGAAUAGAAAUAUAACUUCACUUAACUCUAGCAUCGAUCUGAUUAAAACAUUCUGAUUGUUGUAAGCAUAGUCUAACAUCUUAAAUGUCAUUCUCCAGUAAUAGGUUUUCUUUUUGAGAGAGGAAUAUUAUUGGAUGUUGAUAGAAUAACAGAUGUCAAUGUGGUACUGUCAGUUAGCGUGGGGACAACAAGUAUUUGAUACACUGCCGAUUUUGCAGGUUUUCCCACUUACAAAGCAUGUAGAAGUCUG